GCGUGCACGCGGAGUGCUGCGGGUGCAAAGCGCAGAUGCGGAAGCAGCAGACGGCGGAGCGCCAGCGUGAAGUCGGCUCGAGUGCUGACCCGGUUUCAGCUCACCUGGUCCUCCGGUGGACUCUGGAGCCGCGUGCUCGGAACCAGGACACGUUAGAAGUUUAAAACUUGUCGUUGUAAAGUCACCGAAUGGUUUUAACGGGUGGAGGGUGGAGGGUAAACCAGGUCCAGCACUCCGCCGCCCACAUCCACAUUCAGACCGUUUAGUUCACAUGGAUCUCGCUGAGUCGGUCUGAUCCUCUGUCCUGUGAUAGGUCCUCCUCCGUGGAGGGUCCUGAUCUCAGUGUGUGUUCACACUGUUCAAAACGUGUUGACUCACCUGUGUGUUCACUGUGGAGGCUGCAGCUUGUGUUACUGUGUGAGUGUAACACAACUCAGCUGACAGCAGCACACACUGAACACCAGGAGGAUUUAUCACAGGACUGUAGUGGACUCGGUGCCGCUCUGGUCCCCUGGCCGUGGGACCGCUCUGGUCCCCUGGCCGUGGGACUUCAGGGUCCAGAGACGGUGGCCGGCCCUCCUUUAACCUGCCUCUGCUUUUCUGUUUGUGUCUGUGUGAAGCUGAAGGUGGUGGCGAUCGAUGCAGACCUGAACGUGGUUCAUCAGAACGCCGUGCAGUUUGACUCCGAGCUACCUGAGUUCAGGACUCGGGGAGGAGUUCAUCUGCAUGCCGACGGACUGACCGUCACCUCCCCCGUGCUCAUGUGGGUCAAGGCUCUGGACCUGCUAUUGGACAAGAUGAAGAGGGCGGGGUUUGAUUUCUUCCGAGUCAGAGCGCUAUCAGGCAGCGGCCAGCAACACGGCAGUGUGUACUGGAGAACAGGAGCCUCUGAGACUCUGAACCGGCUCGACCCGGACCAGAACCUGUACCAGCUGCUGCAGGACAGUUUCUCAGUGUCAGACUGUCCAGUGUGGAUGGACUCCAGCAGCAGUCAGCAGUGUCAGGACCUGCAGGCAGCAGCAGGGGGAGCUCUGAGACUGGCAGAGAUCACAGGAUCCAGAGCCUAUGAGCGUUUCACAGGAAACCAGAUCACCAAACUGCAACAGAACCGACCCGAGGCGUACCAACACACCGAGAGGAUCUCACUGGUCAGUAGUUUUGCUGCCUCGCUCUUCCUCGGUGAUUACGCCGCCAUCGACUACAGUGACGGUUCCGGGAUGAAUCUGCUGGAUAUCAGGACCAGAAACUGGUCUGAGAUCUGCCUGAGAGCCGCCGCUCCACAUUUGGACCGCCUGCUGGGAGCUCCACUACCCUCCACAUCUGUACUGGGAAACGUCUCCUCCUACUUUGUGCGUCGAUAUGGUUUCUCUGAGAGCUGCAGUGUGGUGACUUUCACCGGAGACAACCCAGCGUCUCUGGCAGGAAUGAGGCUCCAGCAGGGAGACAUCGCUGUGAGCUUGGGUACCAGUGAUACAGUGUUCCUGUGGAUCCAGCAGCCUCGUCCGGCUCUGGAGGGUCACGUCUUCUGUAAUCCUGUCGAGUGGCAGGCGUACAUGGCUCUGCUGUGCUUUAAGAACGGUUCUCUGACGAGGGAACGGGUCAGGAACGAGUGUGCUGGAGGAUCAUGGGAAGUUUUUUCUGCUGCUUUGAGAGACACGCCCCUCGGAAACAAUGGAAACAUGGGCUUUUAUUUUGACACCAUGGAGAUCACCCCCCCUGCAGUGGGAGUUCAUCGUUUUGACAGGGACGACACUAAGCAGGUGUCCUCAGUGAGUCCUCAGGUGGAGAUUCGGGCUGUGGUUGAGGGUCAGUUUCUGUCCAGGAGAGUCCACGCUGAGAGACUGGGAUACUCCAUCAUUCCAGGAACCAGAGUGUUGGCGACAGGAGGAGCUUCGUCCAAUAAAGAGAUUCUCCAGGUUUUGUCUGACGUCUUUAACGCUCCGGUCUUCACCAUCGACCUGUCCGACUCCGCCUGCCUGGGUUCAGCCUACAGAGCUCUGCACGGCCUGGUGGCAGAAUCUGGAGUUUGCUUCUUUGAUGUGGUGAAGAAAGCACCUGAACCACAGCUGGUGGCCACACCACACCCUGCAGCUGAGGAGGUGUACAGCCAGAUGUUGAAGCGAUACGCCCGACUGGAGGACAGAGUCCUGCAGGAGAGCCGCACCUGACGGUGGAAACCACAGCAGCGUUUUCAGGAAGUAAACGAUACGAUCUGAGCGAAUAAUUAACAGCAGCUGACGAAUCACAGCUUAGUUCUAGAAAUCGAGUCUACGAACUGACAGAUGAUGAAACUUUCAUUAAUAAUAUUUGAAUCAAAAUCAACAACCACAGAUUCAGUUUUUGAACUUUGGACAGAAACUUGCAUCCUGAUGAUCCGACAGUAAAAUGUUUAAACAGUUCGGACGAACUCGUCUGAUUGGUCGGGAUCUGGGCUGGUCCAGGUUCAGCUUUCAGCCCGAACGCUCCCGGCAUCAAACAAACAAACAAACAAACAAACAGUGGAAAGUGAGUGAACUGGUUCGUCCAUUGGUUUGUAGAACAGAUUCUGAAGGUCACAGCUGUUUGUCCUCACAACAACACAAAGAAAUCUAAAGGAUUUUUUAAUGAAAACUGUUUAAUAAAGUAAAUGAUCA